UUUCGGUAACCUGACGCGGAAAUUUCGCUUCGAUUCCCUUCAGUGUUUUAUGGUCAUCAGUGCCAUGAAAACAGCAAUUAUUCUGCUUCUAGCCCUUAAGGCGUAUGCUGAGCCAACUCCACGAACUCUGAACUCAUUGUGUUCCUACUUAGAUGAUGGAAACGAAACUGUUUCGAAUCUGGGCAACACCAAAAAGUGUUUUGCCCGUUAUCUACCAGAACUGGAAAGUGAAGGAGCAACCUGGUCGCAAGGAUACAGUGCCUGUCAGAAGGAUACUACUAGCGAACGGCAGUCCUUGCUAACGAAUGCCACUGGGGCUCAGGAGGAGAUUCGAGCAGCUGCCCUGGACAUUUCUUCGUUUAUUGAUCAGUGUUUGGCCUUGACAGAGUCCCUGGACUUUUUCAAUUGCUUUGCCAAAAUGGCCAAGCUACAGUUGGCGAAUGCCUACAGUAUUUCAUUUAAUGCCACCGAACAGGCGUUGAUCCUAAAUAAGAAAUUAAGUAGAAUCGAAUUGGAGCACUAUCGGUGCACGAAUCAAACCGAACAAAAGUAUGUGAAAGGAACCGAUACAAUCUUUCGAUCUUUGGAUCAAUGUCUGCAGCAAAGUGAUACACUUUAAUACAUUUUUAUUGCACUUC